AGCUCACUGCAGCCAUUCUAGCCAUUGUCACUGCCAUGGCGUUGCCAAAGGCGAGCUACGCUGUGUCUGGGUUUCUUCUCGGAGCUGGAGUGGGAUGGUACUAUGAUUACGUCGUCGUUGGUGCAGCUGUCGGAGCCACUUGUGGCAUUUGGUGGGCCAUCCUGCUGCAUUUGAUCGAUCUCCCUUCCAAACCUUCAGCAAGAUCCAAGCCUUUGGUACAGACUCCGGAGCAAGGACUGGUGAAGCAGUGGACAAAGGAUGACAAACAGACACAAAGCAAUGGGCAAGAUCAAGUAGCUCCAACGCAAGAGCGCCCGACUCAUAUCCAGCGUCUCAAGAACAACAGAAAAUAUUUGGACAAGUCGAAUCACUUGGUGCAUAAGCAUGACCGACAUGAAAAGCAUUGACGUGAGAACGGGGCAACAUCCUCGGGAACCUGUUUCCAUGAGUUCCUUUGAGCUCCAUCCUGGUGCUCAACAAAGACAACAAAGAUUGUAGUUCUCUCCAUUUGAAAGGUUUCUGUGGAUCUGGUCCACUGACAAGCCUACCAUCUCGGACCGAAGAAGUGGGACCAAUGUGCCCUUUCAUUUGAUACCGGGUGUUCCAUCCAAUUCACGUUUGAAAUGAAAAUAUGAUU